UUUGGCAAAUUCAUAUCGUCAUGGAGGGCAGUGGAAAAUCUAAAACGAGUUGUAUACUUCAGCUUGGUGUAUUGCUGAAUUUAGCCCUGACAAUACUGUCUGUGGGGUAUUUGACUUACAGAGUGCACACUUUGGAUGAACGAAUCGUUCGAUGUGAGCAAAUCAAGAAAACAGAGUCAGACGUUGAUGUAUAUAAAAAUCGCUUGCCAAGAGCGGCUAACAAUGGCUCGAGAGAUCCAACUAGUGCUUGUACCAAAUGCAGAGAUCUCUGUAUGCAAAUCUUCUCGUCUAGAUCAUCCAAAAAGUUAAAAUCGUCAAAACCAUCAAGUAAACCAGUUUGUUUCAGAGGUCCGCCCGGAGCACCGGGUCCACAAGGGCCGAAAGGACCAAGUGGACAAAGGGGAAGACGUGGUAAACGAGGAUUUCGAGGAUCUCCUGGAAUACAAGGUCCACCUGGAGUAGCAGGUCCGCAGGGACCAAGGGGAUUGCCAGGAACAGCACUCUCUGGAAAAGCUUAUAUUGUCCAUUCCCUUGCUCUUCCAAAAAUAACCAAAAGACCUCCAUCUGUUCUUGUCACCAAAGAAGGCGAUAAUGUGGUUAUUCCGUCCAAAGCCUCUGGUUUCCCUAAACCUAGAAUCUCGUGGUACAAAGACAACAAGAAAGUAGACGAGCGAUUCUAUAUCACUGGUGCUCUACGAAUAAAGAAUGUAAAGUUCGAAGACCAUGGGGUUUACUUAUUGAAAGCAAAGAAUUUCAUUGGUCAAGCUACAGCGAAAAUGAAACUUGUUGUAAAUGUUGCUCCACGAUUCGUGGUUCGGCCUCCGGUUUACUUCGCUGGUUAUGAAAAUUGGAACACAACCAUCACAUGCAAUAUAUUUGGGUUUCCUCCUCCGCGGAUCGAGUGGACGCGAGCAUUGCAAGACAUGUCUAAGGAACGCCAUGUAAAAACUGGUAACAGCCUUGUUAUCAUGAAUACAAAGAGAGAAGAUAAGGGACCCUACAUGUGCAAGGGCAUUAAUAACCAAGGGAAUGUCGCUGCUUUUGUAGUGCUUAAUGUUUAUACUGUCAGUAAGUAUCAAUUGGAUGUAUUCAUCAAUUUCUAGACGAAAGCUUUGAGA